AUGACACUCUUAGGUAAGAUGGAGGCAGAAGUAGAGGUCAAAGUUUCUGCUGAAACAUUUCAUGAUAUUUUCAGCUGCAGACCACACCACAUCUCCAAUAUGAGCCCUGCAAAGGUACAGAAUGUUGAUCUACAUGAAGGUGACUGGGGGAAGCCAGGCACUGUAGUCUGCUGGAGUUACGUACAUGGUGGGGUUUCUAAGAUUGCUAAGGAGGUUAUUGAAGCUAUAGAUGAUGUGAAGCUGUCGACCACCUUCAAAGUGAUUGAAGGAGACAUCACCACGGAGUACAAGAACUUCAUAUUUAUCGUUCAAGCUACUCCCAAGGGAGAUGGCAGCUGCGUGGUUAACUGGACUUUGGAAUAUGAGAAGCUGAAUGAGAAUAUUCCAGAUCCUCAUACAAUGCUUGAGCUUUGCAUCCAUAUCAGCAAAGACAUUGAGGAUCACCACCUUACUCAGCUACCAGUGGCUAGGGCAUGA